AUGUCUCCGGGUGCUGUAGAAACCGUCAUCGCUCCCGAGAGCCCCUCUGCCGCCCACAAGACGCCCGCGAAGCCUGCUGCCGGCUCGUCCGUUCGCCAUGAAGAAUACCAAUACCUCGACUUGAUCCGCGACAUCCUCGAAAAUGGCGAACAUCGCCCCGACCGCACAGGAACGGGCACUUACUCCAUCUUUGCGCCCCCGCAGCUGAAGUUUUCUCUUUCUCGCCCCUCAUCGAGUGCGGAAGGAGAAGCAACACCCGUCAUCCCGCUGCUCACCACGAAGCGUGUCUUCCUGCGUGCAGUUGUCGCCGAGCUGCUGUGGUUCGUUGCAGGCACUACAUCUUCCAAACCCUUGACUGAGGCUGGCAUAAAAAUCUGGGAUGGCAACGGGUCGCGCGAGUUCCUCGACAGCGUGGGUUUGUCUCACCGCGAAGAGGGCGACCUGGGCCCGGUAUAUGGCUUCCAGUGGCGCCAUUUUGGUGCCGAGUACGUGGAUGCAAAGACGGACUAUACCGGCCAGGGCGUCGACCAGCUGGCCGAUGUCAUUGACAAGCUCAAAAACAAGCCGUACGACCGCCGCAUCAUCAUGAGCGCAUGGAACCCGGCAGAUCUGAAGAAGAUGGCCCUGCCCCCCUGCCACAUGUUUGCACAAUUCUAUGUAAGCUUUCCACGCGCAAAGAGGGGCGAGAAGGGCGAGGGACAAGAGAGACAGGAGAAGGCGCGUGGGGUGCUGCACUGCCUGCUUUAUCAGCGGUCUUGCGACAUGGGGCUCGGCGUGCCUUUCAACAUUGCGUCGUACGCUCUUCUCACGCACAUGCUGGCCCAUGUCUGCGAUCUGACCCCCGGCACGUUGACGCACACCAUGGGUGACGCCCACGUCUACCUCGACCACGUCGAUGCCCUGAAGGUGCAGCUGGAGAGAGAGCCAAGGGUCUUCCCGGAGCUUUCGAUCAAGAGGGAGAAGGGCGGCAGCAUCGAUGGAUGGUCUGCCAGUGAUUUCGAAGUCAAGGGCUACGACCCGCACAAGACGAUUGCUAUGAAGAUGUCGGUCUAG